CCCCCACACAAACUCAUUUUUCGGAGCACUAGAAGAGAUCAGAUAAGUCUCGAACCGGGAGGACGAAAUGAGGCUCGCCAAGGCGGCCCUCGCGCUGAUGUCUCUGCACGCCGUCGCCGCCCUGCUGCUGCUGCCACGAGGAGUUUCUGCAGAUGGGGAGUGCGGCAAGGUGAGGUGCGGCAUGGGGAGCUGCUCCGAGUCCGGCGACUACGCGUUCGGGUUCGCGUGCCGGUGCAACCCGGGGUGGAGCCGGUUCAGUGUCGGCGACACGGAGUUCCCCUUCCUCUCGUGCGUCAUACCAAACUGCACCAUCAACAACUCGUGCCGGGACGAGCCGGCACCUCCAGCUCCGUCACUGCCGCCACCAGUAGCACCGUCCCUGACGAACCUCUCAAUCUACGAUCCCUGCCUGCUGCAGUACUGCGGGGGCGGCAGCUGCGAGAAGGCGGCGGGCUCAGGCUUCGCGCACCGCUGCGCCUGCCGUGACGGCUUCAGGAACCUCCUCGACGACGACGCCUACCCCUGCUACCGCCAGUGUUCUCUCGGAACAGACUGCUCCGGCCUCGGGAUCAACAUACUCAACGGUUCAGACCCGAACAUGCCGCCGCCGGCACCUGUGUCCUUCACCAUCCAGAAGAGCGGCGCCGCAGCCGGCUCGUCGCCGCCGGCACAUAGGCUGCUGGUGCUCCUCAUGCUGGUUUCCUUCUUCUGGUUCCAGACAGUACUUUGAAUUUGUAAAAGAAAUAACGGAGUGAAAUCAAGCAUGUCCUGUAGUACUAUCAGAUCUAGAAACCACACAGUCCAAGUUUCCCAUAGGAUCACCGGAUCCGUGUUUUUCUUGUACGUUCCCCAUAAGAUUAAGAUCAGUGUACGUGUUGUGUUGUGUAUAGUAUUCCACAGAAAUAAGAAAACUAGCAGUAGUCAAAUUCAACAGAACAGAAGGGCACGUCAAUGAAACAGAACAAAUCAUCAACACACCAGAAUGGCUAAUCGAGCAUUAGGAUCUCCAUUUCAAGUUUCUAAUGCAGCAAUCUGAUGAUAAGUUCUAAGGUGAUGACAUAUCACAAGGUCCCAUAAUAUCUACGACUGUCACGGCAACAGAAUGUACCAUAGCUCGCUAGAACUGCCACUAAUUACAGAUCCAGGGUCUCCAGCUCUGAAGAGCUACACCGCUGUAUGGAACUUCGGUAAGCGUAAGUAGGUAACUAACUUUGUUGAUGAA